GGCGCUUCUCCUCGGAGUAACUGGGUCACAAGACAGACGGGAAAAUACUCGAAGCGUUCGUCACAGAAGCCGCCGAUCCGAGCUCGUGGAUCCGCCCGCCGCCAUCGCGUCCACCGAGAGCCAAUGACCGUGUUCGGUUGGUCCGCUCGGAUGAAGCAUUGGAGCGCGGGCCCAGGCUGAGACGACACCGAUCACCAGCGAACCGACACCGCACAGAUGAAAAGAGGUCAGAAGGGAGGUGAUGAUGGGGAGGAGGACGGCGGGUCAGUGUCGGGGCCUGAGCUCUGGAAGCGUCUCCGGCGGAGCGACUCUGAGGACGAGGCGGUGGACUGGAGGCAGCUGCCCGAGGAGAUCCUGCUGCAGAUCUUCCAGUACCUGCCUCUGCUGGACCGGGCCUUCGCCUCGCAGGUGUGCCGCGGCUGGAACCAGACCUUCCACACACCUGAGCUCUGGAGGUGCUUCGAGUUCGAGCUCAACCAGCCCGCCAGCUCCUACCUGAAGGCCACGCACCCCGACCUCAUCAAGCAGAUCAUCCAACGCCACUCCAACCACCUGCAGUACGUCAGCUUCAAGGUGGACAGCAGCACUGAAUCUGCAGAAGCGGCGUGUGACAUCCUCUCUCAGCUGGUCAACUGCUCUCUGAAGACGCUCGGACUGAUCUCCACCGCACGACCCUCCUUCAUGGAGCUGCCCAAAUCUCACUUCAUCUCGGCGCUGACGGUGGUGUUCGUGAACUCAAAGUCUCUGUCGUCUCUGAAGAUCGACGACACACCGGUGGACGACCCGUCACUCAAAGUGCUGGUGGCCAACAACAGCGACACGCUGAAGCUGCUGAAGAUGAGCAGCUGCCCACACGUGUCUCCUGCAGGGAUCCUGUGUGUGGCGGAUCAGUGUCACGGUCUGCGCGAGCUAGCGCUCAACUAUCACCUGCUGAGCGAUGAGCUGCUGCUAGCGCUGUCGUCCGAGCGUCACGUUCACCUGGAGCACCUGCGCAUCGACGUGGUGAGCGAGAACCCGGGUCAGCAGUUCCACUCCAUCAAGAAGAGUAGCUGGGACGCCAUGGUGCGCCACUCGCCCAAGUUCAACCUGGUCAUGUACUUCUUCCUGUACGAGGACGAGUUCGGGCCCUUCUUCCGUGACGAGGUGCCCGUCACACACCUGUACUUCGGCCGCUCCGUCAGUAAGGAGGUUCUGGGCCGCGUGGGGCUGACCUGUCCUCGGCUGGUGGAGCUGGUGGUGUGUGCGAACGGCCUGAGACCGCUGGACGAGGAGCUGAUCCAGAUCGCAGAGCGCUGCAGACAGCUGUCGGCCAUCGGCUUGGGCGAGUGUGAGGUGUCCUGCAGCGCCUUCGUGGAGUUCGUCAAGAUGUGCGGCGUCCGGCUCACGCAGCUCUCCAUCAUGGAGGAGGUCCUGGUGCCAGACAGUACGUACGGGCCGGACGACAUCCACUGGGAGGUGUCCAAACACCUGGGCCGCGUCUGGUUCCCCGACAUGAUGCCCACCUGGUAGAGUCACAGAAGCAAUGAAGCGUUUACAGAUGCACUUCAGACACUCGCUGUGUU